GUGGCUGUCUGCCUCCAAUCAGCAUUUCAGAGCGCUGCUUUUUGUUUGCCUUAAGCUGCUUAACCAGUUUUCUUGCAAGCCUAAUGGAUGAACUUUUACUUCCCGGUUUCCUUAGCAGAGAUGAAGUAUCCGAGAGCCUUUUCUGUUGUUUACCUUCAGAGCAGACUGUUCCUCAUUCUUCUAGUUCCGUGUGGAGCAGCUGAGAGCCAGGUGUCUGCAGGGAAUCUAGUCAUGCUAAAGCACGGCCUGCUUUUCUUUGCUUUGGGACUAUAUUUAACUGGAAACUCUCAUUGGAUGAAAGGUGUAUGUUCUGAAGAAGCAUCCAGACUUUCUACAUUCGAAAUCAUUAUCCCUCAAAGGCUGACAGGCAGAGAGAGUCAGCGGCCAUUUUUUCAUGAGGAGCAUUCAGAUGACAAUCUUUCUUACUCCAUUAAGACCAGAAAUGGAACAUACCUCCUAAUGCUGAAGAAAAAUAAAGACCUUGUUAGCAAAGACUUUAUGCUAUAUACGUAUGGGAAAAAUGGGAAACUGGAGGCAACACAAUCAAAAAACAAGACGCACUGUUAUUACCAUGGCGCUGUUGAAGGAAUGGCUGACUCAGUCCUUGCUCUUAGCACGUGUGACGGCCUGAGAGGAAUUGUCUACAUUGCUGGCACAUGGUAUGGAAUGGAGCCACUCAACACAUCCAGAACAUUUGAACACAGGUUUUACCAGUUAGAAGAUCUGCAGCAUGUUCCUUUUCACUGUGGCGUGCUGAAUGACAGCCUCCAUCAUGAGAUGCAGAUGUUUGUGAAGCAGUCUGUGGAAUAUGCAUUUUCAUCAAACAGUACCUCUAAUAGGGAAAAGCUUUUGAGGAAGAAACGAGCUGUCCUGCCACAGAAGAGCUACGUGGAAUUAUUUGUGGUUGUGGAUAAUCACAGGUUUUUGCAGAAGAACUCUGAUCCUGCUGCAGUGCAAAAGGAAAUCGUCGAGCUGAUUAAUUAUGUUGAUGGGAUGUAUAGUGCAUUAAAUAUCCAGAUUGUUUUGGUUGGAUUAGAGAUUUGGACAGAUAAAAACCAAAUUUCUGUAAUGGAAGGUUCAGCUGGAGAUGUCUUGAGUAGAUUCGUUUCUUGGAGACAGAAGAAUCUUCUUAAGCGAUCCAGAAAUGAUGUUAGCCAUCUCAUAAUAGGGAGAGGCUCGUACAGUGGAUCCAUUGGAAUGGCUUUUGUGGGUACCGUCUGCUCACAGGUGCAGGGAGGGUCAAUCAGCACUUUGAAUCAUGACCAUGUGUUACGUCAUGCUACAGUAGUUGCACAUGAACUGGGACAUAACCUUGGAAUGAAACAUGAUGAUAAAAGGUGUCCUGCAUCCUACAUUAUGUACAGCACAGAUAAGGGAUCCAGGAAUUUCAGUUCCUGCAGUGCUGAUGAUUUUGAGAACCUCGUUCUAAAUGGAGGAGGAAUCUGCCUCAGAAAUCCACCCAAAACAAGUAAUGUUUACAAAGAGCCUGUCUGUGGGAACAAUGUGAUUGAUAACGAUGAAGAAUGUGACUGUGGAAAGCCACAGGAAUGCACCAACCCUUGCUGUGAUGCUGCCACCUGCAAACUUACAUCUGGAUCACAAUGUGCACAAGGAUUGUGCUGCAAAAACUGCAAGUUUAAAGCUGCAGGAACAGAAUGUAGAUCAAAAAUGGAUUUCUGUGAUCUCCCUGAAUACUGCAAUGGAAGCUACGCCUACUGUCCAGAUGACGUUUAUAUCAUGAACGGUUACCCAUGCAACAACAUGAAAGCAUAUUGCUACUAUGGAGUAUGUCAGAGCUUUGAUUCACAGUGUGAAGCUAUAUAUGGAAAAGGGGCUCGAAAAGCACCUGAUCUGUGCUUUAAAACAGCCAAUAUUAAAGGAGACAGGUUUGGAAACUGUGGAAUGAGAGGUGGAGUGUACAAGAAGUGCCCUCUUGAGCACAGUCUGUGUGGCAAACUCCAGUGCACUUCUGUUAGCCUUCAAAAUCUUCCUGCUUGGAGUGUUGUCAAUAACGCAUCUGGGGUCUUGUGCUGGUCGUCUGAUUUUGACUUAGGAUCAGAUAUCCCCGAUCCUGCUCAAGUUCAUGAUGGAACAGCGUGUGGAGAAAAGAAGGCCUGUGUAGCUUUUGAGUGUGUUGAUGCAAGUCAUCUGGGCUACAGCUGCGACGUAAAGCAGAAGUGCAAUGACAACGGGGUGUGUAACAACAAUGGGAACUGCCACUGCAAUUCUGGAUGGGCGCCUCCGUUCUGUAACCAGUCGGGCUAUGGUGGCAGCAUUGACAGCGGUCCAGCUCACAUGGAUACAUCAUUGCGGGACGGCCUGCUGGUUUUUUUCUUCCUUGUGCUGCCAAUAUUGAUUGUGAGUGUAAUAGCGGUAAUUAAGCGCGAUGCAAUCAAGAGGAAGUUUUGCAGGAAAAGUAGAAGACAACACAGGGAUAACAAUGCCCAGCAACCGAAGCAAAGCAACAGCCCAACCCAUGCUCCAAGAAAUGAUCAGGCUGCCGCAGCGAGCUCUGAUGUUUUUACCGUCCCGCAUUUCCCCGCUCCGAGGCGGGACAGACGCAGUUUCCUGCGGUACCUUCCAGACCUCCCCGACCCACCGUCCCACCCAGAGCCGCCGUGUGAGGAGCAGCUCGAGCCGCAGCCGGGAACUGAUAAGGGAACCCACAAUGGACAGCCCUGCCUUGUGUGCAUCCAGAGCUCCUUACAAAGGGGAAAGACUCGCUGCCCAGAGACCCCGAACAACGCAGCCUUUGUAUCAUGCCGUGAUUUUGCUAAGAGCUGCCGGCUGCGUUUGUGCCUCUUCUACCUCACCUCUUCGUUUUUAUUUCUUUAACGGCAAGCAUCAAGUCCAG